AUGGCAUCAACCGGUGACGACAAGAUGGCGGCGCCCUUGGGCGACGAGAAGCAGAAACACGUGCAGGCAGACUCUAUGCCUGAGAAUCAAGAUGAUGCCGGUCAGGCUGUGGCUCUCGCCGAGGAUGUCGCUGCUGCUCAAUACUCUCCCUGGACCCCCUCAAUGUGGCGCCUCUAUGCUGUUUUGGCCUGCGCCUACCUCUGCGGAUGCCUUAACGGCUACGAUGGCUCACUCAUGGGUGGUCUUAACGGCAUGGACUCCUACAGGGACUACUUUGGAACACAGGUUGACGGCAGCAGCACCGGUCUAACCUUUGCAAUGUACAACAUUGGUGGUAUCGCCGCUACCGCCUUCACUGGGCCUGUCAACGACUGGUUUGGUCGCCGCUGGGGCAUGUUUAUUGGUGCAGCUAUUAUCAUCAUUGGUACCGGUGUUCAGGCACCUGCCGAGACCGGACAGAGAUUCCUCGCAGGCCGUUUCAUCCUUGGAUUCGGUGUUUCCUUCUGCUGCGUGUCCGCUCCCUGCUACGUCAGCGAGAUCGCGCAUCCGAUAUGGAGGGGUACAUUGACUGGACUUUACAACUGCACCUGGUACAUUGGUGCCAUCCUCGCCAGUUGGGUCACCUACGCAGUCGCACAAACCAUGAAGGGAAGCCUGGAUGCCUGGAGAAUCCCGGUUUGGUGCCAGCUCGUCACCUCGGGCUUCGUCCUUAUCUUUUCGCUCACGCUACCGGAGUCGCCCCGUUGGCUCAUGGCCAACGAUAAGUACGAAGAGGCUCAACGGGUUUUGGCCAAGUACCAUGGCGAGGGCAAUCCCGACCACCCUCUCGUGCAUCUCCAGCUCAAGGAGAUGAUGACGCAGAUCUCCCAAGAUGGUUCCGACAAGCGCUGGUGGGACUACAGCGCUCUGUUCAACACCCGCGCUCACCGUCGUCGCAUGAUUUGCGUUCUUGGCAUGGGGGUUUUCGGCCAGGCUUCUGGCAACUCCCUAUCCUCGUACUACAUGGCGGCCAUGUUGCACACCGCCGGCAUCAAGGAGGAGGGCCGCGUUCUUGCCUUCAACGCCACCAACCCGAUGGUCUCCUUCAUUGGUGCCGUCCUUGGUGCCCGUAUGACUGACGUCGUCGGACGCCGCCCGCUGCUGCUGUCCACAAUCGUAUUCGCCUCGGUUUGUUUCGCCAUAAUCACCGGCACCACCAAGCUGGCCACUGAGGAUCCCACCAACUCGGCAGCUGGCAACGCGACCGUGGCCUUCAUCUUCAUCUUCGGAGUCGUUUUCUCCUUUGGCUGGACGCCCCUCCAAAGUAUGUACAUCGCCGAGACUCUCCCGACCGAGACCCGGGCCAAGGGUACCGCGAUCGGCAGCCUCGCCUCGGCCUGUGCCUCGACGAUUCUUCAGUACUCUGCGGGACCUGCGUUCGAGAGCAUCAGCUACUACUACUACAUUGUUUUUGUGUUCUGGGAUCUGUUUGAGGGUGUAAUCAUAUACUUCUUCUGGCCCGAGACCAAAGACCGCACCCUCGAGGAGCUCGAAGAGGUCUUCCAGGCUCCCAACCCUGUCAAGAAGAGUUUGGAAAAGCGAGAUGCCCACACGGUUCUCAACACACUCAAUGCCAACAACGACAAGAUGUUACCUGUCUAA